AUGUCAGCUGUGAAUGACACCAAAUUCAACUAUGAAGUGUUCCUUCUCACUGGGAUACCUGGGCAGGGAGAUGUCCAUCUCUGGAUCUCUAUCACCUUCUGCUUAACAUAUGCUAUUUCGAUAGUAGGAAAUUCACUCAUUCUGUUCAUCAUAAAAACAGAUCUAAGCCUUCAUGAGCCAAUGUACAUGUUCCUUUCCAUGUUGGCUGUCACAGACCUAGGCUUAUUGAUAGCCAGCAUACCCACUAUACUGCGUGUAUUUUUGUUUAACUCAAGGGAGAUCAGCCUUAAUGCCUGUCUUGUCCAGCUGUUCUUCAUCCACUCGUUUACAUUCAUUGAAUCCUCCGUGCUCUUGUUGAUGGCCUUUGACCGUUUUGUCGCAAUCAGUAACCCGCUGAGAUAUGCCUCCAUCUUAAGUCUGCCGAGAAUAGCCAAGAUGGGACUGGUGUGUAUUCUAAGAGGGGUGACCAUGAUGCUCCCACUCCCCAUUCUCCUGAAAUGGUUCCGAUAUUGUAGAGUGAAUGUCCUCUCCCAUUCUUACUGUAUGCACCAGGAGGUAAUGAAGAUGGCUUGUUCAGAUAUUAGAGUCAACAAUAUCUAUGGCUUGAUUAUUACAGUCUUAACGGUGGGGUUGGACUCGCUGUUCAUCUUUCUCUCAUAUUUGAUGAUCCUCAAAACAGUGCUGAGCAUCGCAUCCCACAAGGAGUUUCUCAGGGCCCUGAACACCUGCGUCUCCCACUUCUGUGCCGUCCUGCUCUUCUACACACCAGAGUUCAGCCUGACUUUGAUACACAGAUUUGGGAAGGGCUCUUCUCCCUUGUUUCAGAUUGUCCUGGGCUACAUCAACCUCCUGGUUCCUCCUCUGAUUAACCCAAUUGUGUACAGCGUGAAAAGCAAACACCUUUGUUCAAGGAUAAUCAGGGUGUUUGUGAAGUGA